UCAAUCUGCGUUGUGUUCAAAAUGAGAACUUUGGAGGAGAUUCAAGCGACGCUUGAGAUCGCUAAGUUAAAAGAAGAAGAUCUGCAGAAAACGAUUCAUUGUUUGUCUCUGGGAGAGAACGUCUCGUCUGCAGACUACUGCCUAAUGGUGCUGGACGACACACUGUGCAAACACAUAGAAGCGGGUGACAGCCUGGUGAUCAGAGGGGACAAAGAAGAGCACGCCGUGCUGUGUACCGGUGACAGGACCUACGAUUUGAAGAUCGCAGACACGUCCAACCUGUUGCUCUUUCUGCCAGGAUGCAAAACACCCGAUCAGCUCACCAGCAGCCAGGAGAGCACACAGCUUGUUCACGCUCAGAUCUGGGGCUUUUGCAACAGCUACUGGGAAGUGAGAAGACAACGUCCUAAACUAAAGAAGCUGCUGAAAGUUUUAAGGGAGAACCCAUAUGAAGGGCCUGGCCUACCUGGGCAGCAGGAGAACACUGAAAACACGUACACCAUGGACGAUCUACUGGAGACAAUUCAAGCCAGUGAAGAAGAGCUUAAGAACCACUUGAAGGCCAUCCACGCCUGUCAGAUAAAUGGCUGCUGGCGUGUACUCGACUCUGACUACGAGAUGAAGUUGCUUGGUCAUGUGACUCAGCUGGUGGACUCGGAGUCAUGGUCUUGCAACAAGGUUCCACUUCAAACCAGUCUGGAGGAGUUAAGCCCACUCGAGCCCAGAGAGAUGAUUGAGCACUGUUUAAACUGCUAUGGGACACGCUACGUUGAAAAUGACGAUGUAUUUUACGCACUGGAUGAGGCUAAAGUUUGUCGGGGUACUGCGCUCAUGUUGCUGAAGAAUGCCAUCAAGUUCAACCUGAGGGAGUUUCAGGAGGUGUGGCAGCAGAGCGUACCAGAUGGCAUGAGCACGAGUCUGAGCCAGCUCAAGAGUGUCGCACUGGUGGACCGCAGCUCCCGCCCCGAGACCAUCUGCCUUCUGCAGGUAGAAGAUCUUCCGGAGGACACACUGGAGCGCUUUAAUCAUCUCUUCACACUGCGAGAGAAAUGGACGGAAGAGGAUAUCGAGCCGUAUAUAGCGGACCUGUGCGGAGAGAAACAGACCACAGGAGCACUAUUGACCAAAUAUGCUCGAUCUUCAAUCCAAAAUGGUGUCAAGAUGUUCAACUCUAGAAGGCCUAUUGCAACUUGACCUUCCAUUCCAUACAUUUAGAUAUGUUUAAAAUGUUUGAUACUUACUUUUGGAGUUUAUUCGGUAAACUGUUGUGGGUAUUCGGGUUCAGUUUUAAUUGUUGUACAAAUUAAUUCUUAUCAUAUUUUUGUUAUUAAGACUUGAGUAACUGCCUCAAAAUGUAAGAAAGGGCUGCUAUUUGGGUGGCUGUCCACAAGGUGGCGACAUGUUAAAAGAAAAUCACCCAAGUGUUGUUGACUACCAGCAGGACCACAUGACUAGCCUAUGGGCCUCUUCUAAAAAUGACUCAUAAUCAAUGAAGGGAUAGUUAUUUCCAUGUUACGUUGUAGAAGUGACCCUUUAAAAAUGUUAACACAAGAGAUGGAUAAUAUAAUAAAGAGAUGCAUAUCACCAUCAACGGUAGCAUAAGUAAAGCUACAUUGAGCAACUGUUAUUCCAGAUGUGUUUAGCAAACUAUUAGUCCUUUCCAUUAUGAGUAUUCAAUAACCAAGAAGCAGCUUUCACAAAGGUCAA